AUGCUCCACAGUCUAGGUAAACUGCAGGAACAUUUAAAACUGUUUUUGCUUUUAUUUAACUUUGAAGAUGAUUAUAAAGCUUGGGACCUUUGUAAAAGUGAACUUUAUAAGCCAGAACGAACUUACCACCCCCCUACUGUGAAAUUUGGAAAUUCAACUACAUUCCAGGAUGACUUUGUUCCUUAGGAGAUAAAGCCUAGGCAAAGCUUUAAACCCUUCUCUGUGGUCAAACGUUCUACAGCCCCUUUUAAUGGUAUUACAAGUCAUCGCCUUGAUUAUAUACCUCAUCAGCUUGAACUCAAGUUUGAAAGGCCAAAAGAAGUUUACAAACCAACUGACCAACGCUUUGAGGAUUUCACAACUCACCGGUAUGACUUUCGGGGUCUUAUUGGUGAAACUGCAAAACUCUGCAGACCUGUACACACCAGAGUGACCCCGAAUGCUCGGUUUGAAGGAAGCACUGAAUUCCGUGAAAGUUUUCAACCAUGGGAAAUCCCACCACCUGAGGUCAAGAAAGUACCAGAGUAUGUGCCUCCUACAGGUAGCAUGCUGUUAAACAGCACAAGCCAUCUUGACUAUGUUCCAUAUCAGGCCAACCGUGUUGUUCCCAUCAGGCCAGUUUCUCGUAGAAGAAGUAACAGUUUUCCUUUCCAAGGAAAAAGCACCAUGAAAGAAGAUUUUCCAGCAUGGGAAAGUUGUCGUCAAGGACUUAUUAAGAAGCAGCAGCAGAUUCCCAACCCAUCUGGAAAAUUUGGUGGUUUGAGCACUUUCAGAUCUCACUAUUUGCAACAUGAAUUGAUUCCAACAGAGAGUUGCAAACCUUUAAAUAUUGCUUUUAAGAGUUCUGUUCCAUUUGAUGAUGUAACCAUGUACUCUGUAGAGUACACACCGAAAAAACAGGAAAUUUGCCCAGCUAGCUAUCCCUCUCCUCCAGGUUAUAUUUUUGAAAAUACAAAUUCCCAAGGUCAUAAAUUCUUCUGCAAGAUUACUCCCGCAGUGAAGGCCUUCUAA